CUUGGGACGGCAGCAUGGUAGAGGCACGGCAGGUGGGGGCCAGAGAAGGCUCCACAGCGAGUGAAAGCCAGAAUCAGCCAGAGACAAGAGGCCAGAGGAGAGGCCCUUGGAGCAAAGGAGGUGACAGCCAAGGCACUAGGCACCAGGACAUCAAUGCUAUGGAGCCAGGGGGGCACGGCUGGGCUAGGAUAUUGUCAUGCGGGCUUUGGACAGCCAUCAUCAGGGCACUAUUUGCAGAGUUCCUGGCCACGGGGCUGUACGUGUUCUUUGGCGUCGGCUCGGCUCUGCGCUGGCCCUCGGCACUUCCCUCCGUGCUGCAGAUUGCUAUCACCUUCAACCUGGUCACAGCUAUGGUUGUGCAGGUCACCUGGAAGGCCAGUGGGGCCCACGUCAACCCUGCUGUGACGCUGGCCUUCCUCGUGGGCUCCCACAUCUCUCUGCCCCGUGCUGUGGCCUAUGUGGCUGCCCAGCUGGCAGGGGCCACCGUAGGGGCUGCUCUGCUUUACGGGGUCACACCAGGAGACAUCCGAGAGACCAUUGGGAUUAAUAUGGUCCAGAACAGCGUCUCGAUUGGCCAGGCAGUGGCAGUGGAGCUGGUUUUGACCCUGCAGCUGGUACUCUGUGUCUUUGCUUCCACCGACAGCCGUCAGACAUCGGGCUCCCCAGCCACCAUGAUUGGGAUCUCUGUGGCACUGGGCCACCUCAUUGGGAUCUACUUCACCGGCUGCUCUAUGAACCCAGCCCGCUCCUUCGGUCCUGCUGUCAUCAUUGGGAAGUUCACAGUCCACUGGGUCUUCUGGGUGGGACCCCUGACAGGAGCUGUCCUGGCUUCACUGAUCUACAACUUUAUCCUGUUCCCUGACACCAAGACCCUGGCCCAGCGACUGGCCAUCCUCACAGGCACUGCGGAGGGAGAGAGAGUGGUAGGGGUGGCGCCCCAGAAGAAAGAAUCCCAAUCCAGUUCAGGGGACAUGGAAAUGGAGAGUGUGUGAAACAGCAUAGACUUUGUCCUGCCCUCAGGCUUCAGAGAGGAGCCCUGUAGGUGGGCAACGUGCCUUGAAUGGCCUAACUUAAGGUUUUCCUGGGAGGGGUGUCAAUGGGGAGGCUUGACCCCUUGUCCUAACAGGGUGGGCCAGGGGGUGCCAGCUCUUCUCUCUGGCAUUACAUUUCUACAAAGAAUCUGGAAGCAAAUCUGUCCAGUCCCCUCCCCAUCUCUUAAUGAGACAGAGCAGAGUGGGGCAGGGGACUUCAUGAUCACUCUUUUCUCCCUUUCCUCACCCAACUAGACGCCAGUGGGAGUCCUGAGCCUCCAGAUCCCUGUGUCUUCGGGAAAAAGGAAACUGGAGACCAGACAACCACCCUGCUUAGAUACUGAGGGCUACAGGGACCUUGGGAAACCCUUGGGGAGGAGCGGACAGGCUUCCUGGAAGAAUCAGGUCCUGGAACAGCCUCUGAGCUCCUGAGAGGGAUUUCCCUGCCCUUGGGGAUAGUUGGGGAGCUAUGGCUCCCCUCUCAGACUGGGGGCUCCCUGAGGACAGAGACCAACCUCCCAAAAGAUCUUUAUUCCUCACUUCUCCAAAUGCUCAGGAGAAGACCCCACCCUUAGAAAGAGCUAACAGAGAGAGGAACCUUUCCUCAGGCUGGCAGAGGGGCAGGAUAUAGAAAGAGAGGUUUGAGCCAGAAAGGCCUUUCCCAGGGUAAGCUCUCCCCAGUUGUCUGCCCUGACUUCCACCCCACAGCCAUUCACGGGAAAAAUGCUGAGAGGGGAAGCCCCCACCCCAUCCCCCAGUUCUUAACCUGGGCCAAAGAAGCCAUCUCCUGCUUCCUUCUCAGCAUUACUGGGAUCCCAAAAAAUGCAGUCAAGUCAGUUCCAAAGAUGGUGGGAACCCAAGAAUGACCCAGGAAACUAAGAUUUGAAGUUCAGUGCCUCUGAAGGCCUACUGAAGUCCAAAUUGGUUUGUUAAGAUUUAAAGGCUGUUCUAUAUCUUCUCUGCCCAUGACUUGGGGUCCUGUCUGGAUCUCAGCUUCCCCAGGUACAAAAUGGACACAAUUCUCCCCCAAGGACUGCUGUGAAAACAAGAAAUUGGAAGACGCUUUUGGAAGUGAAAAUGCUAGAAAAACAACCUCAAUAAAGGAUGAUUAUUGUUGCUAUUA